AUGGGAUGGUUCGACGGCGAAACUGAUGAGCGUCAAGCUUACGAUCAAUUCCAACAAGCUCCCGACGAGCACAAAGCGAAGAUGAGCCACGAGCUCGUCGGCGGUGCAGCAGCAUACUACGCAGCGCGAGAAUACGAAAAACACUGCGCGCAGAACGGCAAGCCGGAUUCUCAUGCUCAGGCCAAGGAACUUCUUGCUGGGUUUGCGGGCGCGUUCAUUGAUCGCGAGUUUGAGACAAAGGGGUUGAGCUUUGUGGAUCGCGAGAGGGCGAAACAUGAUGCGCAUAAGAGGGUGCAUGAGCAGGUCCGCAACGACUAUUAG